AGCGUGUUUGUGUUUUGAGUGUGGCUGUGGUGGUUCCAUUUAUCCAUAUCUGAUUCUUCCUUCUCAAAUGCUUCCUCCUCUCUCACUUCACAGUGAAUUAUCUCUCACGAACAAGCUAAUUGUAGUGCCUGCAUGGCAUGGUGUUUGCAACACCAACAAGGGGAAGCCAUGGUCAUAUUGUUCAUCAUCAUCUAAUAGAACAAGUGUUGUUGUUCGUGCAUUGAAGGAAGAGUCGCAGCAGUUUGAAGUAGACCCAGAGAAGGCCAGAGAGGCCCUUAGAAAUCUUGAUCAGCAGUUUCAAUCUCGCUCCCAGAAACAAGUCCGCUCGAGACCCAAGAAAGAACCUGCUCCCUCUGUGAAUUUUACAAGAAAUCAAACAAAAGAAGCAGCUGAGGAAUUUUCAGGAUCUUUUUUCACAUACACGGCUGUUGCUCUCAUUGCUUUCACAAUUUUCUAUAAUGUGUUCUUUUACACUGUUAUAAAGCCAUCUGUAGAUGGAUUUUCAGAGGACGCACCAACCAAAAAUGUUGUAAGCGAAAUCCCAAAGUAGCAGUUCUGAGCUCUGCUAAAUGAAUGGUCAACGCUACUGAUGAGGUAACCCUUUCCGGUGAAGCUUUUAAACAAGUUCUGUUAAGAGUUUCUCUGAGAAUCCACACAGAAGAUACAGAAGAGUUAAUGUAAUCAUGUUAAUACUGUGAAGUUGCAAAAAUAAUUAGAGAAGGAAAGAAGCCUAAAACCAAUCUCCUCUGUUGUUCUGAUACCAUUUGGUAAAACCCUGGCAAUGGAACUUGCUCAAUAUUACUGUUGGCAUUUAGAUA